CGGCAUGUUUACAUUUCCCCUUGCCUGCGGUCUCUUUAUCAGGCAAUGGGUUUGUUCUGCGUUUAGUAUAAAGUAAGUGAGCACAGGUUUCGCACACACACAUACUGCACACAUGCAGCAUGCUCAGGAUGACACAGAUGAGUACAGUGUUGAGCAUUUUCGUCUUGUUUCUUCACACCACUUUUGGGGAAAGUGGUUGCACCUCAGCAGAUGGUGAUGGAACUUUUGGAGAUGACGAACCAGACAAUUUUGACAUUGACUGCUUCAGCCAGCUGGAAUUUAAGGAUUCCUAUAGCAGCCUGACCUGCAAUUUUACUGAUCUGCCUCCUCACAACACUAACUAUACCCUGUCCCUGUGUACCAAGGAAGACAGCAAUUAUGUGUGUUUCAAUAUGAAGAAACAGGAAGAUGGGUAUUUCUUACAGUUCACUGAUAUACUCUCAAAUAAAGACAUUUGCAUGAACUCUGAGACGAAGAGAAGGGUCUGCAGGAGUCUGAUUGUAACUGACAUUGUUAAGCCUGAAGUACCAUUUGAUAUAAACAUCACAUACCAAAAAGAGGCAAAUGAGUAUCUUAUUCAUUAUAGUACACCACACUCGUGGAAGAAAUACUUAAAGGACAAAUUAAUACACCAAACAGCCUAUCGGCAGGAAGAAGGUACUUGGAAGACAAUAGAGUCACCAUACCUUCAGGUAAAACUACUGGGGAAAAACCUCAAAAAUGAUGUAUCAUAUGAAGUGAAAGUACGUUCACAGCCCAAUGGAGAUUAUUUUAAGGGCACGUGGAGUGAAUGGAGCACUUCCAAGAGCUUCAGGACCGCAAAGGAGCCACAUUCUGCAGAGAGCUAUAGCAGCAUGGUCGUCAUUAUAGUCUCCAUCGUGGGAUUCAUGCUAUUCAUUGUCAUGAUUGUCCUGAUCGUAACUUUCUGGGAAAACAGGAUCAAGCCUGCUGUGUGGCCAAACCUUCCUGAUCAUAAAAAAACGCUGGAGCAACUAUGCAAGAAGCCAAAAAAUAAUUUUGAUAUAAGCUUUAACCCAGAGAGUUUUGGUUACGUUCAUAUCCAUAAAGUGGAUGGCAUUCGAGCAAAAGCUGAACUGGAAAAUUUUCUGCAACCAUCAACUACUCCAGAGACCACCCUUCCAGGAAAAUUUAGAAGCGGAUCAGACCUGAAGAUGAUCCCUGUGAUGACAGACAAAAGCAACCUAAAUCUGUCUGUGACUUACGGAGGAAUCUGGCCAGCUGAAGCUCUACACAGACUCCUGGGUACCCACCAGUCUGCAGCCACUGAAGGAAACUGUGGCUCCAGCACAUACGAGGUGUGCCACAGCAAUGGAGUGCCCCUGUGCGAUGAUGGCUUCAAUGUUUCCUCCACUCCGCCACCAGAUCCCUCUGGCCAGCCGGGAUCAGAGCCCCUAAAUGGUGACACCAUAUCCCAGAUGCUGCCUACCAGUGAAAUGAGGUCACCAAACAACGAGGAAGCCUAUGUCACAAUGUCCAGCUUCUACAAAAUUCAGUAAACCUUACAGGAAUGAAAGUGUACUGCUUUUUUCUCUAACACAAGCAGGACACUGAAGCUUUUGGGUUUUUUUUCCUGCAUCCCGUGAGUUCCCAUCUCUGCAACACACCCUGCUCACAGUGCAAUGCUAUACCUGCAAGAAAGUGGGUUCCUCCACAUUUCAAUGAUAAAACGCCUAACCUCAGCUCUCAAUAUGCCGGUAGCAAUCUCCACUGCAGCAGAAGUUAAAUUUAAUUCAACCUGACUUUAAUCUUCAGAUCUGAUUAAUCCAGCACAAUGACACUGCAGUCCUAUCUGGAGAUCACAGCAUGUCUCGUAGAAGUUAAUGAACUCUUCUGUCAAACUCUUGGGUGCAGAGUUAAGCUCUUAUUAAUGCCUAAGUAAGAAAUACAGAAACAAAUUGAAGUUAAAUAGAAUCCAAUCUCUUUUAAACAGUGAUAAGUCAAGAGUAACUCCUCUGCCAUCAGUGGAAGUCCGUGAGUUUGCAGAAUGCCAGUGGAUGAGAAUUGCUAUUAAGCAUUAGUUGCCUGGGGAUUCAGGAGCUUGGUCACCUCAAAAGGAGUUUGCUGACCCCGCAGGAAAAAAGGCACAUGGACUCACUUUAAAAAAAUGUUUUCUCAGACUGAUUUUUUUUGAGAGAGACAGAGAAAGAGAGAUUAAAACAAAGUGAAACUCUACAUGCCAUUACUUUUGCUGUUGGUAAAGAUCUGCCCUGGAGCCAAUUUUAGGAUCCAUAGGUAAUUCUGCUAGUGCUAUAUAUUAAAGAUCUUCAGUAUUUCAUGUACUAGCAACGCUUACCUAAGAAAACAAACCAAAAAUAAAUGAAAAGCGAAGUCCCAUCUCUUCCUAUAAACUGAAUUUGGGCUGUAAAAUGCAUGAUGCUGUCUUUCCCUGCAGCUGUCAUGCAACCAUUAGUGCAGCCUGUUAGUACUUUCCAGGACAGAAAGGCUGAGCGGACCAUGUUUUUUUAUUAGCAUUAUUCCCAAUGGCUGUGGCUGCUUGAGAAUUCUUUUAAUUUGGUCAGGCCAUGUUUUCAUGCAACAUCUGUUCUAGGAAAAUGGAUGGAACAUCAUGGAUCCUGCCAGUGAUUAGAAGACAUUUUAUUUU